AUGGGAGUGGAAGUGAAGGAAGUAAUGGGGGAAAAGAAAGAAAUGAUGAUGAAGUUUGUGUCUAUUUGUACUACAUGCGGAAAAUCUUAUUCAAUACUUACCAAUCCAAUGACGCGCACCAAGCAAACCUGCAAGAAGUCGACUGGAGGCACCGCCAAGCGUAUAACUGUCGACUACGCGCCCUUGCUCGACUUCUCUUCGAUCGGCGUCGAUCUCGGCUUCGAUUCUUCGAUCGGCGCGGAUCUCAACUCCGAUCUGGCGAUGGAGGAGACGGUUGAGGAUGAGGAGACUGGAGGAGAAGAGGUGGACAAGGCGGAUGGGAUGGAUGAUGGGAUGGGAGCUGGUGAGGCGCAGUCAAGCCAUAAUGAGUGGUGCAUCGUCUGCCGGGACGGUUCAAGCAGGCCACGAGUUUCUUCGACAUUCCCGUCACUCACGCCGACGCUGUCAACUGCGACGACGUCAUGUUCACGUGCAUAUAUUGCCACUUGGCAGCACAAGACUCUCGCGCAGAAGAAACACGCGCUGCCUACUUUGGAUUUUACAGGAACAAUUUACCGGUUUUGCCCACCUUCCUCCCAAUCCGCGAUUUCUUCCACGCCUGUGGUAUUGAUCCACCUCACGCUUGUCGACUUCGAAACUUCCGGCGGACCUUUCGACCUCAUGUACCGCUUCCUCUCCCCCUACUUUCCACGCGGAGGUAUCGCUUUCCACGAGCUCGUCUUCGACGUCGGCUCCAAGGUAAAGAGCGACGUGUACCAAGUCAAGGUGGGCGAAUUGGUCCGUAGCCUAAUGGCUCAGCGUAACUGGCCCCGCAUCGUGUUCGCCAUCUCCAACCAUACUGACGACGAUCUCGGAGAUCCAUUCCUGGGCUAUGAGAGGAAGAAAAAAUUGUAUGUGUCUGGCCGAGUCGACGGUUUUUUGGACAUCAUCCUCACGCCAUGGCAGCCGCUCAUCAGAGCUGCCAAAGACUCUUACCUAUGGUUUUUGUCUUGUGGCGCUCUGGUUAACAACGAGGAGUCCUUUUCGUCCUUGCAAAAGGCCGUCCUUCAUCAUCAUAUUACAGCUACCAUCUGCUUCAACGCCAUCCGUUUCCAGCCAAACUUUGCGGCUCCCCUUCUUCUAUCAUUUGCAGAACUCGUCCUGACUGAGUGUCUGCCUAUUCGCGAAGUUUUUCCGGACAUGCUUAUGCAGUCCUACAAACUUGGCAGACACACUGAUAUUCGCAUGGACGCAUUGCAAGGAAUGCCCUUGGGGCCACCAUCUUCCACUCCAAUGCCCUCAGUGUGGAUGGGCUAA